AUGUCUCGCCAACACCCAGGCAACUUUAUCUACUUCGGCCCGGGGGCCAACUGCACCCUCGAGCUCUGCGACGUCGGCACCAGCGUCUACCGCUACCGCCCGCACCUGGCCGCCAACAUCACCUUCAUCGCCCUCUACGCCGUCGCCAUCGCCGUCCACGUCCUGCUCGGCUUCCGCUGGAAGAACUGGUGGUUCGUCGGGUGCGUCGUCGCCUCGUGCCUCGUCGAGAUCCUGGGCUAUGUCGGCCGCAUCAUGCUGUACUACAACCCCUGGAGCUUUAUCGCCUUCAUGAUCCAGAUCAUCUGCAUCACGAUCGGCCCAGUCUUCUACUGCGCCGCGAUAUACUGCACCCUCGCGCGAGUGAUCAACCACUUCGCCCCGUCCCUCUCGCGCUUCCCCCCGCGCCUCUUCUACUGGGUCUUCAUCCCCUGCGACAUCGUCUCCCUCGCCCUCCAGGGCGCCGGCGGCGCCCUCUCCACCAACUCGGAGGGCUCCAAUUCGAUGGGCGUCAACAUCACGCUCGCCGGGCUCGCCUUCCAGGUCGCCACCCUCGUCGCCUUCUCCGCCUUCUUCAUCGACUUCCUCGCGCGCCUGUACCGCCUGCGCCACAAGGGCGGCAGCACCAUCGAGGGCCCGGCCGUCGACACCCUGCGCGUCCGCCUGUUCUUCGGCUUCCUGUCCGCCGCCGUGCUGCUGACGCUCGCCCGGUGCAUUUACCGCGUCGACGAGCUGAGUGAGGGCUACGACGGCCCGCUCAUCGGCGAUGAGGGAUUGUUCAUCGGGCUCGAGGGGGUACUCGUUAUUCUCUCGAUUUUCGCCCUCUGCAUUGGCCACCCUGGCAUGCUUCUGAACAAAGACUCUCAGAGCCGUCGCAGCAGCCAGGGGAUCAUCACCGAGGCCAUCGUUGAGAGCGGAUCGUCGAUUGAGCGGGAGAAAUAA